AUGUCCAAGAAAAUAAGGUUUAUUGGCAACUAUGACAUAACUGCAGAAGGAAAAUUUUUGUGGGAACUCCUUGCACAGGUUAGGAAUUUUGGCGUUGGACGAAUUGUAACCAAAAAUGAGUGGCUGAGGAAAUGGCCCAAACAACCGUCAUAUAUCAGAAUCGUGAAGGCGAGGCCUAUGAUGGAUCGAUGGCUUCAGAAAGGUACGUUAUGGGGAAAUUGGACGUUCAGGGGGAGAGAUUUGGGCCUUUAUGAAUUCUCUGCUGAUUUAAACCGCUCUGAUUGGCGACUUAUCCACAAACAUGAGGAAGAAGAGUUUACCAAAUGCGACAAGCCCAUGGGUUUUAUAAAUUUACCUAGCAGUUUUCCUUUACCUCCAUUACAGGUUUAUCUUUCACGGAAAACUGCUAAAGCUAAAGGGGUUGAUGAAACUAGUGUUGCAGAGAGAGCUCCCCUAGAUAUAUGUUUAGAUCCAGAAUUUGCUUUUCUAAAACCUUUCAUUAAAAAGAGUGAACCGAAACGGUAUGGGAAAUCAGUUUACGAUGAGGUUGAUCCAGAAGUCCUACUAGAUCUCUAUGGCAAAGAGUUACCGGUAAGAGUUGACACGUGGGAUGCUGGGCCUGCUGUCAUUGAACAUCGAUUUGUAAAAUCGCCAUUCGGCAUUGAUUCAGAAAAUGCUGGUGCUAUAAUUUAA